GACUAUUCCGAACAGCGCUGCGUUCACACUAGACCUCGCUUCAAAACGUCAUCUCGGCUGGAUGUUCGCUCGUGAAUAUUAUUUCUGUAAAUAGACAGUCGCGCGUCAUCCGCCAACCGAGAGUGGUGAUGACAAGAAGAUAUUCGCAGUAAUGGCAUCGGCAUUAGAGCAGUUUGUAAAUAACGUUCGGACGCUUUCGAAGCAAGGCAAUUUCAGAGAAUUAUGCGAGGUCAUAAGCAAAAGCACCGAAGUAUUAACAAAACAUGGACAACACUUGGAUAACGUUUUGGAAACAUUAGAUCUACAGCAGCAUUCAUUAGGUAUCCUUGCGGUACUGUGUGCAAAAUUUUCACUACCCAAUUCUAACGGAGGAAACAACUCUGAUGCAAACAAGUCAUUAUUCAAUCAGGUUCAGGAAUUUAUCAUAGGAUGCAAUGGAGAACAAGUUAGACUCGCUCCGGAUACAUACGCAGAAUUAUGUCACCUGCUUACGCAGAGUCUGGUGGAAUCGAAAACGCCAUUACGCGGGAUCGAAUUGCUGCGCCGUGCGAUACGUAAGAUACAGCUAUUUGACAGUCAGUUGACUUCGAUACACGCCGAUCUUUCCCAGCUAUGUCUUUUAUCCAAAUGCAUGAAACCUGCGCUCGAAUUCCUCGACAUAGACGUCACGGGUAUUAGCCAGGAGGGCGGCCAGUUCGAUUCGAAAUACUUUUUACUGUACUACUAUUAUGGCGGCAUGAUAUACACCGCGCUGAAGAAUUACGACCGUGCACUGUACUUCUUCGAGGUGUGCGUGACGACCCCCGCGAUGGCCGUCAGCUAUAUCAUGCUGGAAGCUUACAAGAAGUAUAUCCUAGUUUCCUUGAUACUACAUGGCAAAGUGUUGAACCUGCCGAGGUACACGAGCCAAGUAAUCAACAGAUACAUCAAGCCAUUGAGUCAGCAAUAUCAGGAAUUGGCCACAGCCUAUUUGGUCAAUAGCUGUGAAGAAGUGCAGAACAUCAUCACUAAAUAUCACCAAUUGUUCGUCAGGGAUCACAAUCUAGGACUUGUGAAACAGGUGCUCGCUUACUUGUACAAGAAGAACAUACAGAGGCUGACAAAAACUUUCCUGACGCUUAGUUUAAGUGAUGUCGCGAGUAGAGUUCAAUUGUCGGGACCUGCUGACGCGGAGAAUUAUAUUCUGAACAUGAUAGAGGAUGGCGAAAUAUUUGCAACUAUCAAUCAGAAAGACGGCAUGGUGGUGUUCCACGACGACCCUGAGAAGUAUAACUCACCUCAAAUGCUGGCGAAUUUCGAGAAGGAGAUGGCGACGUGCACGGAUUUGGACAAACGAGUGCAAGAGAUGGAAGAAGAGGUUGUCCUUACGCCGCAAUAUGUUCGCAAAGCAUGCGGACAGAACGAUCAAGACGAUCAAGCUGCCGGACCUACACCAACGAACGUUACGAAUGCGCAAGGUCAAACCAAACAUAAUACUUAUUCUAUGUAACAUAUACAUGUCGUUGUGCGUUAUCUUUAUUAAAAAAGGAAAACAAAAGGAAAAAAAACGAGUAAUCAUGGAGAACCUUGUUGAAAAAAAUCGGGAUUUCAAUAUCCGGAAGCUUAUUUCGGACGGUUGUGAUUGUAUGAAGAGCAUCCUCGCGAUUCGCGCGCAUUCUAUUAAUUUCGUGGAAAUUUUUACGAAUGAGAAUCACGCUGUAAAUGUGUGUCGUAUAGCGAAACGUAUCGCUAAAGUCGAAGCAGGUUUUGUUAUCAAAGUUACCGAUGAACUGUAUACAUGUUGUAAGCAUGGUGAUUAAUAUAUUGCGAUAUUUCGUUACAGGCUACACGUUUUAGAGAAUUGAGAAACAUACGUCGAUGUGAACUAUCAACUGCGUACUCGCAACACCAUUGCUCACACGCGUCUCAAACCUUAGUUUCUUCUGUUAAGUGUCUUAUUAUCUUGUCAAAUAGAAAUAUGUUAUUUCAGAUAACACGGUAAUUUUAAAUUUUAUACACGGACAUAUACGUACACACACGGAUGCAGAAUAAGCAACAAACCGUAUAUUAAACGUUAAAAACACAAACUUUUAUUCAGAUUGAAGAUUCUUUAGAAAGAAUAUCGUAUAAAUUCACGAUACAAUUUUCUCAUUCGCUUCAUUGGAUAUUUCAACGAUUAAUAAUUCAUUCAACUUGAAAUUGAGUCUUCUUAAUUUUCAGGAAUGUAUAAAAAUUUUAUUUCGCGUGCUUGUGACAUAUUUGUUAAUAGUAUAAUCCAAGUCGACAAAAAGAUCUUCACGGAAGAACAUCGUACAAGCUUACAAAUUGAUGCAACUUUUCUACUCGCUUCAUUAGAUAUCUUAAUGAUUAGUCAUUCAUAAAGCCUGAAAUUGAAGUGUCCUUUUUGUAAUUUUCAGGAAUGUAUAAAAGUUUAGUAUUUCGUGUCUGUGACAUGUUUGUUAAUUUAAACUUGGUUGUCAUAAAAAUAAGCUAAGGUGACUCUA